AGAUCUGACAAGACUGCGCGCGAAGCAAACACGGCGAGGAUAAAGCAAGAUGGCGUCUGACGGUGAAGACGUUAUUGCAGUGUUCUUAAUCUGUGCGUCCAUGUACACAUAUAUGUCCUUUAUGACACUCUUUUCAUUAAUAACUGUUUGUAUAUUAGUCUGAGCGCACCUUGAUGCUAGCUUAGCUUGCUAGUUAGCUUAGCUUGUUAGCUGCUAACAAAGAAGUGAUGAAAAGACAUCGCUAAGCAGAGAUCAAGUGUGAGUGUAAAGUGUUGUGAUUGUGUGAAAAUGUGCGAAAGAACCAUAGCAGAGUACGAGGAGGAACUUUGUCCAACAAAAGAGGAGAAGGAGCGACAACAUCAAGUUGUGUUACACACAACAGACAUCCAUCAGCUGAUUGGACACCAAGAAGAAUGUCUCCCUCAUCUGCAGGGGGACAGUUUCACUUUAGAGGAUCCGCAGCCCUCACAUUUUAAAGGUGUCAAGGAGUAUCCACAGCCCCCCUAUUUUAAAGAGGAAGAGGAGGGAGAGUGUGUUGCGGGGCAGGAGGAGGAUGAUGUCAUGACUGUUGUCUCUGUGAAGACUGAAGAGCAUGAAGACAAAGCACGUGAGUCCUCACAGCUUCAUCACAGUCCAAACGUCUGUGAAAAAUAUGUUCCACCUGAGCAGCAGGAGGGGUCCUCUAGUAUGGAGCAGGAGAGCUCACAGCACCUCCACGUGAAAGAAGAGGAGCCACAGCCCCCCCACUUCAUAGAGGAAGACAAGAGACACCUCAUCAGUGUGAAGAGUGAAGAUGAUGAGGUCAAAGGUGAGAGUGAGGAGAAGAGAAGCUCAACACAACACAUGACAACAGAAGGUGAUGGAGACCACUGUGGAGGAUCACAAGCAGACAAGAUGUUAUGUCCACUAUCAGAUAGUGAGGACACAAGGUCACACUCUCCUGACACUGAUGAUGAACACUCUAAACAUGAUGCAACAUGUCACACUGACAACACUCACUUCACGUGUUCCCACUGUGACAACACUUUUAAUGACCGCAGUAAUUUCAAAGUACACAUGAGAACACACACCGGAGAAAAACCUUUUUCCUGUUCAAUCUGCGGUAAAGCUUUUACUCAAAGGCCCAAUUUCAAAGUACACAUGAGAAGACACACUGGAGAAAAACCUUUUUCCUGCUCAGAAUGUGGUAAAAGUUUUGUAGUAAAUGAAAGUUUACAAGUUCACAUGAGAACACACACUGGAGAAAAACCUUUUUCCUGCGCAGAAUGUGGUAAAAGUUUUGUAGUAAAUGAAAGUUUAAAAGUUCACAUGAGAAGACACACUGGAGAAAAACCUUUUUCCUGUUCAGAAUGUGGUAAAAGUUUUGUAGUAAAUCAAAGUUUACAAGUUCACAUGAGAACACACACUGGAGAAAAACCUUUUUCCUGCUCAGAAUGUGGUAAAAGUUUUGUAGUAAAUGAAAGUUUAAAAGUACACAUGAGAACACACACUGGUGAAAAACCUUUUUCAUGCUCAAUGUGCGGUAAAGAUUUUACUCAAAGGCCCCAAUUAAAAUCACACAUGAGAAGGCACUCUGGUGAAAAACCAUACUCCUGUUCAAGCUGCAACAAAAGCUUUGGUCACCUAAAGACUCUUAGAGCACACAUGAGAAGACACCCAGCUGAGAAAGUGUUGAGUUGCAGUGUGUGUGGUGAAAGAUUGUCUUCUAAGUACCAGUGGAAGAAACACAAGUGUGCUGGUGAGAACAGCAGCAGCAAAUGAAGUUUUACAUGUGUUCAUACUUUUGCUUUUGAGUACACAUAAAUCCCUCUUAGUUCAUAUUUACUGGUUCACAUCUGAAACAUCUUCUGGACCACUUCUGGAAGCAUAUUAUUAUUUACUUUAUACAUCAUUUGAGCAGUUGUCUUUUAUACAAUUUUAAAAUGUGUGACUUUAUGAAUCAUUUGUUGGGUCUCUAUAAUCCAUUCUAUUAAUUGUUUUUAUUACUCUCUUGUGUAAUAUAAAUAUUGUUGUGUGAUUGUUUUAUAUGUAUGUCCCCAGACCUUUAUGCAAU